AUGGCUGAGGAAGGAGCUAUGGAUAUUCGCCUGGUGCUGAAGGGCCCCAACGGCGAGUUCAAAGUGGACCGAGAUCUUUAUGUCAUUGUCCAUUGUGACGACGGUAAGUACAUCGAGGUGUCGAAGAACUACACUCAGCAGUGCCCAUUCAUCGAGGAAGCCGAGGAUGAGAUCCCAGAGUUUCGCUUCCCAGCCGCAGUGCUGGAGCAUCUUAUCCGCUGGGCAGUGCACUACGGUGUAGAGGGCCAUGCUGCUAGCCCGAUGACCCGCCCAUGCAUUUACCGUGAUUUCUCCUACGUUGUGACGGACAAGUGGGAUAAUGACUUCUUCAACCAACGACUUUGCUCUCCUCUGAAUCAGAAGCAUUACCUAUUGACAAUGACGGCGGCUGAGCAGUUCGGCAUGCAGGGACUGCUCGAUUUCAUGUCCAUCGGCCUUGGGUGCAAGCUCCGCAGCAAGGACGACAGCGGUAUCAUUCAUGAGGUCAUGGGCCUUGAUAAAGAGACGGAAAUCACGAGCGAGGAUUUGUCCGAUGUCUCGAAGAACUACCCGUGGUUUGAUGAUGCUGUAAAGGCCACAACGAAGAAGUAA